UGGCCUAAGGCUGGGGGCCGGCGGCGGCGGCAGCAGGGAGCUGGGAAGCGGAGAAGCCGGGAGCGCGGGGCUCAGUCGGGGGGCGGCGGCGGCGGCGGCUCCGGGGAUGGCGGCGGCUCCGCUGCUGCUGCUGCUGCUGCUCGUGCCCGUGCCGCUGCUGCCGCUGCUGGCCCAAGGGCCCGGAGGGGCGCUGGGAAACCGGCAUGCGGUGUACUGGAACAGCUCCAACCAGCACCUGCGGCGAGAGGGCUACACCGUGCAGGUGAACGUGAACGACUAUCUGGAUAUUUACUGCCCGCACUACAACAGCUCGGGGGUGGGCCCCGGGGCGGGACCGGGGCCCGGAGGCGGGGCAGAGCAGUACGUGCUGUACAUGGUGAGCCGCAACGGCUACCGCACCUGCAACGCCAGCCAGGGCUUCAAGCGCUGGGAGUGCAACCGGCCGCACGCCCCGCACAGCCCCAUCAAGUUCUCGGAGAAGUUCCAGCGCUACAGCGCCUUCUCGCUGGGCUACGAGUUCCACGCCGGCCACGAGUACUACUACAUCUCCACGCCCACUCACAACCUGCACUGGAAGUGUCUGAGGAUGAAGGUGUUCGUCUGCUGCGCCUCCACAUCGCACUCCGGGGAGAAGCCGGUCCCCACUCUCCCCCAGUUCACCAUGGGCCCCAAUGUGAAGAUCAACGUGCUGGAAGACUUUGAGGGAGAGAACCCUCAGGUGCCCAAGCUUGAGAAGAGCAUCAGCGGGACCAGCCCCAAACGGGAACACCUGCCCCUGGCCGUGGGCAUCGCCUUCUUCCUCAUGACGUUCUUGGCCUCCUAGCUCUGCCCCCUCCCCUGGUGGGGAGAGAUGGGGCGGGGCUUGGAAGGAGCAGGGAGCCUUUGGCCUCUCCAAGGGAAGCCUAGUGGGCCUAGACCCCUCCUCCCAUGGCUAGAAGUGGGGCCUGCACCAUACAUCUGUGUCCGCCCCCUCUACCCCUUCCCCCCAGGUAGGGCACUGUAGUGGACCAAGCACGGGGACAGCCAUGGAUCCCGGGCGGCCUUGUGGCUCUGGUAAUGUUUGGUACCAAACUUGGGGGCCAAAAGGGGCAGUGCUCAGGACUCCCUGGCCCCUGGUACCUUUCCCUGACUCCUGGUGCCCUCUCCCUUUGUCCCCCCAGAGAGACAUAUGCCCCCAGAGAGAGCAAAUCGAAGCGUGGGAGGCACCCCCAUUGCUCUCCUCCAGGGGCAGAACAUGGGGAGGGGACUAGAUGGGCAAGGGGCAGCACUGCCUGCUGCUUCCUUCCCCUGUUUACAGCAAUAAGCACGUCCUCCUCCCCCACUCCCACUUCCAGGAUUGUGGUUUGGAUUGAAACCAAGUUUACAAGUAGACACCCCUGGGGGGGCGGGCAGUGGACAAGGAUGGCAAGGGGUGGGCAUUGGGGUGCCAGGCAGGCAUGUACAGACUCUAUAUCUCUAUAUAUAAUGUACAGACAGACAGAGUCCCUUCCCUCUUUAACCCCCUGACCUUUCUUGACUUCCCCUUCAGCUUCAGACCCCUUCCCCACCAGGCUAGGCCCCCCACACCUGGGGGACCCCCUGGCCCCUCUUUUGUCUUCUGUGAAGACAGGACCUAUGCAACGCACAGACACUUUUGGAGACCGUAAAACAACAAUGCCCCCUCCCUUCCAGCCCUGAGCCGGGAACCAUCUCCCAGGACCUUGCCCUGCUCACCCUAUGUGGUCCCACCCAUCCUCCUGGGCCUUUUUCAAGUGCUUUGGCUGUGACUUUCAUACUCUGCUCUUAGUCUAAAAAAAAUAAACUGGAGAUAAAAAUAA